AUGUCUUCAAUUCAAGCCAAUCUUCUUCCCAACUUGUCCUUCAAUCACUUUCAGGCAUCAACACACUUAGUGGGUGUUGGAAAUUUACAGUGUAGAGUUAAUUUGCGAAAAUCGCGGAGGAAAUUACCUUCAUAUAGUUGCAUAAGGUGUGAAAAGAAAGAUGAAGUUAACAAAGAUGAUGAAAAGAAAGAUGAAGUUAACAAAGAUGAUGAAAAGAAAGAUGAAGUUAUUGAUUAUGUAAUGGUUGAACGUCCGCCGUAUUAUAGUUACAUGGAUUCCACUUCCGGUCAGCUUGAGCCGGCCUCGGGUGCUAGGGCGAGUAUUCCUGAAGUUGAGUAUUGGCCUGAAGGAACUGUUGAGCAAGUUAGGUCUGCUAGCGCGCCUACUCCGAAGGGAGAAUCGUUAGGUUCUCCGUCUUAUGGGAGUAACCCUGGGAGUAGGAGGAAGAGUUAUAGAACGUCGGUUUCUGGUUCUUCUGUUGAGGGUGAUGUUGAGGACAAUGUUGAGGGCAAUGUUGAGGGUAAUGACACCGGUCUUCCUGAGGUUUUGGUUGAACAACCUCAGGAAGAUUUGGAGGAGUUCUCGUCGGACUAUGUUGUUUAUCAGUCUGAGGCUGAAGAAGAGGUUACUGGGUACAAACUUGAUAAGAAAUUUGGAGCUCCUCAUCCGUUUGUUGAUCCGGAAGUUAAGAAGACGAUAGAUGGGACACUUACGAGUGAAGAAUUGUGGUGGAAUUGGAGAAAGCCGGAGAAAGAACAAUGGUCUAGAUGGCAAAGGAGGAGACCUGACACUGAAACGGUUUUCCUGAAAGCUAUGGCAGAAACUGGACAAGUAAAGCUUUAUGGUGAAGAACCAACAUUAACAGAAACUGCUCUUUACCGAGCCAGACGGCAUCUUUAUAAGGAAGAAAGGCUUGAGGCUGAGCAAGAAAAAAUGGAAAGGAUUGGUCCAAUUGCAUACUAUUCAGAAUGGGUAAAGGCAUGGAAGGGAGAUACAUCGCGUGAAGCUAUUCAGAAGCAUUUCGAAGAAACCGGUGAAGAUGAAACUGCUCAACUAAUUGAAAUGUUUUCCCAUCAAACUGCCGGAGAGUAUCGCAUAAUGAUGGGGACUGAUAUUCGCAUCCAGAGGGAUCCUUUAGCAAUGCGAAUGAGAGAGGAUCAGAUAAAGCAAAUAUGGGGUGGAGAUCCAGUUUACCCAACUGUGAACUAUAUUCAAGAUCCAGAUGAAGUAAUUGACUACAGGGGACCAGAUUUUCACGAACCAACACCUAACAUGCUUUCUUAUCUGAAAGAGCACGGAAAGAUCAUUUCAAGGGAGGAGCUAGAAAAGCUUCUGGAAAAGCAAAAGACUGAACAAGUUGAGGUGUCAGACAUCGAUGUAGCUAUGGCUAAAGCAGUCGAUAUUGGUGAAAAUGACGAUGAAGAGGAUAGUGAUAUUGAUGUUGAAGAGGCAGCAGGAGAGGAAGAGGAAGAGGUGGAAGCAGAUGGAGAUGAAGAAGUAGAAGAAGACGAAUCGAAGAUUACUCGUAAUUGGAGUGUUUUGAAAACUACUCCCCAGCUUCUUAAAUCAAAGCCAAAGCCAAAGAAAGAAGGUCCUAUGACACUGGAUGAGGCUCUAGGUGAUUCUGAGAAUUUGACUGAUUUCCUUUUGGAUUUUGAAGCAGAAUGA